UGUGGCUGUACACAAGGUAUCACAGUGUUCCUUUCUGAGACACGUUACUUAAUCUCCGCUCAGGUUACCCGAUGACAACAGGCAGCCAGUGUGACCCUUUCAGGUUGUGAAUUUGCUUAGCUUUGUGCCUGGGGCUGCAGGUAACCGGGGGACGGGGCUGUCCCAGGACUAGCAUGCCCCACCCAUACCUGCACUUACCUUUAAAUGCUAUUUGGAUGUUUUGCUGACGUCUGUCUAGAAGUUGGAAGAAUGAAGACUGCGGCGUGUCUCCUGGUGGCUCUCCUGGCGGUGCUGAAGUAUACCCAGGGGGCAAGUGUGACGCCUCCUGCUGCAACAGCAGGCAAACCAGGGUCAUGCCCAACAUCAUCACAUCCCAUGGCCCUAGAAGUAUGCAAUGAUGCUUGCGACAGUAGCGAUGACAAUUGCGAAGGCAAUCGCAAAUGCUGUGAGACCUUCUGCAACAAUGGGCGGCGGUGCCAGAUUCCAAACGACAAGCUCGGUGAUUGCCCUGUGAACAGCAAUGCGACACCUUGUGACCCAGUCGUUCAGUGCAAAUCCGACACAAACUGUGAUGGUGACCAGAAGUGUUGUUCAGACUGUUGUCAUGAUCCAGUCUACAAAGUGAAUGUGUAAUCAGAUCAGAGAGGAAGAACUGUGUGGACAUCUGUUGCUUGAUACAUAAUUGGAAAUGAACUUUUGGAAUUAAAUAUAUUCUUUCAAGAUGAUGUAUUUCUUUAACUGUGAUCUCUUCCGCAUUGUAAUUUAAAAAAUAAAAUCAAAAGAACUUUGUGUUGUCCUACAAAACUG